UAUCCAUCAUCUGAUGCUUCAUCUGAGCGUACGCGUCUCCUCCAGUCUCUCUCCGCUCGCAGGGAGUAACUCCUCCUUUCGCUAUUUCUCUUGUACUUGCAUGGACAUUACCGCAAGCCUGGGAGAUCCAAACAUGUAGACCGACAGAUUUCAGGGCUGGAGAACAAGUUUGUAGCCCCUUUGUGUGGAAAUAAUCGGAGGAGAGAUGGUGUGAUCGAGCGCUCGUCUCCAGACCUCUUUCCAAACACACACACAACGUUCACUGAAGAGUUUGAUGGAGAUCCGGUCGGAUGACAGCUGGAACUGUGGUCAUAACCGGAGGAAUUCUCGCGACAGUGAUUCUCCUGUGUAUCAUUGUCGUGCUCUGUUACUGUCGACUUCAGUAUUAUUGCUGUAAGAAAAAUGGAUCCGAUCCAGAUGCUGUUUGCCCACAACCCCAGUUUGCCUGUAACGCAUGCAGCACGUCCAGGGUGGACGGGGCCGCUUCCACCCCACUCUCCCUGUCGCCAGAGCUCACGCCCCCGAAGAGCUUCUGCCCCACCUGCUCCCCAUACAGCUCUCCAUUCUACAUCAGCGCCAUGGAGGAAACGCGGAACGGGGCCGAGCGGAUCACGUACAUGCCGGCGCACUAUGACAGCCCGUCCCUGUCUCUCACCCGUCCCUCAAUACACAGCGCGUCUCUGAGCUCUCGAAGCCGACCAGACCUCUACUCCAACACACGUGCCAUAAGCACUGACGUCUGAUCAGUGACAUCCACCCAAAACACCCAUAAUGCUGUAGAAAACAGAGCGAAUGGGGAUCAAAGGACAGCGAGUGCUUAGUUUUUACAUUCUAUCCGUCUAGCAGUAAACUGAAGUCAGUAAUUAAGUGAUGUUUUAUAGAAACCAAUACAAAUUUGUUCUUCCUGAAUUUAUUUGAC